AUGUAUUCUCCAACAAAAGCAAACCUCGAGUCUCGCCCGGGUCGUAGCACCAUUUGGGUGCAUGCAGAGGCGUAUGGUUUUGGCCCCAGCAGCUUGCUUCUUACAUUGGCUCCUAUGCUGCGAAAGCUGGCUUCCUCUAUCGGACCACAUACAACGACCGAGUAUGUUGGCCAAGGACACACGCUGGAUCUCAAUACAGCACCACCAUGGGAUAAUGUCCACAACUGCGAUAUUUCCACAACACAGGGCAAACAGGCUUUGGGCGACCUCUUUCAUCUUCAGCAGCCGGUUCUCAUUGUCGUUGCAUGCGACGCUGCCUUCGUAGAGCUGCUGUCCAGAUUUGGGGCUAGAAGGCUUGUUGUCAUUGACCCCCUCAUGUGGUACUGGCCAUCCGUUCCUCUGGCUUGGGCAAAUGCGAGCCUGGUGAUUGCAGUGGACUACAUUGGGGUCCGGGCUCGAGUCGACGAGGCAAAGCUGCACAACGCCGUCGUGGUUCCUCCUCUUGUGCCGUCUAUCGGUCGAUCGAUUUCAAAAGGCCCGAGGAAGGGCACCUUGGUCAACCUGGGCGGCCUGCGAAAUCCACACGCUUCUGCCGAUGAGAAUAUCGCCUUUGCGAGCCUGGUGCUCUCAGUCGUCGAACAGGCCAUCCAAUCCCGAAAUUGUCCUGAUGAUCUCCCCCUGCAUUUCCUGACCAGUCAAGAAGUGUGUGCUGGGAUGCAAUCAGAUGUGGCCACCUCGACGUCCCCGGAGAAAGCGCGCGUCCUAUUAUCGCAAUGCAAAACAGCCUUCCUCACGUCGGGACUUUCGAACAUUUACGACGCUGCAGAUUGCGGAGGUCGCGUCGUCUUUCUGCCAGCCACCAGCAAGUCGCAGGGAGAACAGCCGGAGCUCAUGGAACGAGAUCUUGGCUGCACCUUUACGCGUAUUGACUGGCAUGAGCUGAAUAUAACGAAGCCAAAGAUGGAGUAUUCCCAGACGAGCUAUACCGAAUGCUCUCCCUUGAUCCAAAGCCAUCAAAAGGCGCUUAUGGAGGAUCGCGUAGCACAGGAACGUUAUGUGAAAAGAGUUCUCGAAUGCUACGAAGCGGAGGAGGACAACGCAAAGGAGUUGCAAAUUCUCUUCUCUUGCUUCGGGCGUGAUGAUGGGACUUUAAUUAUGAAGGCCAUCGUCGACGCGAUCGCACGUGAGCCGGAUGCUAGAAUCAGAGUACCAAGCCGUCUUCAAAACUCUCCCCAGCCAUCCAUUUAA